AUUUGAGUGUUCAACCACUACAAAUACAUGAUGCUGAUCUCUGAACUCCCACAUCCUUGGUUUCUCUUCCUUUGGAGGAAAAAAAUGGUUUCAUCUUCUCCUCCUCCACAUCCAAAGGAAGUUCCAUCAGAUGAUCAAUGGAAGGACGACGCUCCCCCUCGAGAAGCCAAAUGGUGGUAUUCGACUUUUCACACUGUCACUGCCAUGGUUGGUGCUGGUGUUCUCAGCUUGCCAUAUGCCAUGGCCUACUUAGGAUGGGGUCCAGGGACAUUGGUGAUGGUCUUAUCUUGGUGCAUAACCUUGAACACAAUGUGGCAGAUGAUACAGCUCCAUGAAUGUGUGCCCGGUGUUCGCUUUGAUCACUACUAUCACCUUGGCCAACAUGCCUUUGGGCCAAAAUUAGGGGCAUGGAUAGUACUCCCACAGCAGCUAAUUGUCCAGGUUGGUUGUGACAUUGUGUACAUGGUCACUGGAGGGAAGUGCCUCAAGAAGUUCUUGGAGAUAGCCUGUACCAAUUGCACCAGAAUUAGGCAAUCCUAUUGGAUUUGCAUCUUUGGUUCCAUCCAUUUCUUCCUUUCUCAGCUCCCCAAUUUUAAUUCCGUUUCUGGUGUUUCAUUGGCUGCCGCAGUCAUGUCACUAUGUUAUUCAACUAUAGCUUGGGUGGGUUGCUUGGGCCGAGGGAGGAUCGACAAUGUGAGCUAUGGAUACAAGAAAACUAGUGGAGCUGAUUACAUUUUUCGCGUCUUUAAUGCAUUGGGUCAGAUAUCAUUUGCAUAUGCUGGUCAUGCAGUGGCACUCGAAAUUCAGGCCACUAUUCCAUCCACUCCUGAGAAGCCCUCAAGAUUACCAAUGUGGAAAGGUGCAAUUGGGGCCUAUUUCAUCAAUGCACUCUGUUAUUUCCCAGUUGCUUUCAUUGGAUACUGGGCAUUUGGACAAGAUGUUGAUGACAAUGUGUUGGUGGCACUUCAGAAACCUUCAUGGCUCAUUGCUGCUGCAAACUUAAUGGUGGUGAUUCAUGUUAUUGGCAGCUAUCAGGUUUACGCGAUGCCAGUGUUUGACAUGCUGGAGAAGACUAUGGUGAAAAGGCUGAAUUUUCCGCCAGGACUUGCACUUAGAAUCAUCGUUCGUUCUGCUUAUGUUGCAUUCACUUUGUUCAUCGGUGUCACCUUCCCUUUCUUUGGGGAUCUUCUUGGUUUCUUUGGCGGUUUUGGUUUCGCUCCAACAACUUAUUUUCUUCCUAGCAUAAUAUGGCUCAUACUCAAGAAACCGAGGAGAUUCAGUAUCUCAUGGCUUAUCAAUUGGGGAUGCAUAUUCAUAGGAGUCUUCAUUAUGGUGGCAUCAACUAUUGGUGGUUUGAGGAAUAUCAUUGCUGACUCCUCCACCUAUGAGUUCUACUCAUGAAUAAUGGCACUCGUGGAAGAUGUAAUCAAGUUAGAAUGUGCUUGUUUGUGGUUAGUUAUGGGUUUCAGUCUAAGAAUUAUUCUAUUUCAGAAUCAGAGUAAGUUUAUCGGCCAAUUAUCUCUCACAAAUUUCAUUAUAAGCAAGAGUCUUAUUUGCAGGUUACGAACUUUUUAAAGAUAAAUUUAUUCCAAUUUGUUU